AUCAGCUGACGCCAUCAACACAACCACAAGUCCUCACCGCAAGCGUCAAGUCUAACGUAGUCAUCCUUGCAUAAACUGACAACAGCUUUCAAACAUUUCAAAAUCAUAAGUACUAAUGUUCCAGUGUGAGUGACGCGUCUCCCAAUAACUGCAUCCCCCGUGCAGUCAUCUUGAGAUGAGGAAAUCUCCAGAGAUCUGCUUCACUUGAUACCUGUGUGUUAUUGACCAGUCUUUUCAAGCUGUUCAUAGCUCACGACAUCCCAAAUAAUCAUCAGUGGACGUACAUUAUUUCAUUAGUGAAAAGUGUUUUGUAUAAUAUUCCAGAAUCAUUUCUGGAUUUACUUUAGUCUGUGGUAUAAACAAUGAACUGUAAAUUAUAAUACAGUUGAAAGAAAGAAAAAAUUAAGUACAGUAUGAAUUUAUCAAACAGCUUAGAUUUUACACGGAAGAAAGAGAAAGUUGUAAGGCCAAAUACUUAUGAAGAAAAAAUAAGGGGUUGUGAAAAAUUGAAUGAUAAUUCCAAAAUUUUAAGAAUGUUUGUACCAAAUGCAAAGGAAGCCACACCAAACAAAGAUUUUCUGCAGAGUACAACUGCAGAUAAAACUUUUAUAGCUACAAAUAUAAUGGGCUCAAAGCAGAAGAGAAUCCAAUACUCACAAGAAACAGUAAAUUCAGUUAAAAGUCAGUUCUUGGAAAAUGGAGCUUGCUCAUCUGUGGUAGAAGAUGCUAUAAUGAAGAUUGAAUACCCAGAGAUUGCACACAAUUUGGAGGCUGAUUAUGAAUUUCUUGAAUUUGGUAUUAAAGAAAUAGUAUCGGAAGGUAAAGAUACACAAACAAUUCACAAUACAAGAGGACAUAAAAGAAAGCAUAUUAGGUUAAAAUCAAACAAAGAAUUUUCAAAAUAUAUUUGUAAAGUUUGUGGAAUCUCUUUGCAGACAGCUUCUAGUCUCAGAAAUCAUGUAAUGACUCAUACUGGAGAGAAACCUCACAGUUGUCUAUAUUGUAACAUGACUUUUCGUCAGUCUCAUCAUUUGACUGAACACAUACGCACACAUACUGGUGAGAGACCUUUUGAGUGUGAACUAUGUGAGGAUACAUUUACAACAAAAUCUGCUUUAAAAUCACAUACAAAAGUUCAUGAUGAAGUAAAGAAUUAUAAAUGUCAGAUAUGCUAUGGAGUUUUUUCGGAUGAUUUGCAGUUAAGAAUCCAUUUUCAAAAACACAAAGAUAAGUGCUAUGAAUGCUCUGAAUGUGGGGAUAAAUUUAUAACUGCAGCUAGACUUAAACGCCAUCAAAUGAUACAUUCUGGAGAAAGGCCAUUUCAAUGUGAGGAAUGUGGAAUAUCAUUUCGUGAGGAAACAACAUUACGAGCUCAUAUGGGCACCCAUCUUCCUCGAGGACCUUAUUCCUGCAGUAUGUGUGGAGAAGUAUUUUUGCGACUGAAUAGCUUGUCAUUACACAAGAAGGUACACAAUACUAAUGGUACCUACAGGUAUGUACCUCAAAUAAUAAAGUCAGUACAAAAUACUGAAAAUUCUAUGGAUAUAAUUCUCAAUGAAAACAUAUAUACUAAGAAAUGUUUAGCUGAAAAUUCAAAAUGUAGACAUAAGCAUGAAUUAACUAAAGAAAACAACUUUAAAAGCAAAAUCACAAAGUCAUCCUCUGAUGCAUGUUCAUGCAAUCAAAAUACACAUCCACAUGAACUAGAUUUAUGUUUUACCAAUAACAAUCAACCUUCAGUUGAUUGUGCUAACAAUGUUAUGACAGAGGUUGAACAAGAGAUGACAAAUAUUCCUCAUCCUGAUGUUGUACGAGAUGCACUAGCCACAGGCACUGUGCUAGAGUCUCAAGGAGAGGAUGGACAAGGAUACUUAAUAGUACUACCCAAAGCUCUUGCAGAAAAAGAUUAUACAUUAAUUACUUUUCCUCCAAUGCCUCUACCCAAGACACCUACUCUAUCUGAAUCUGUGGUAUUACAAGAAAGUGAGGUAUUGAGAAAUGAUAAUUGUGACUUGCUUGUUUGGGAUAAUGAUUUAGAUUCUGUAGCGGAAGUUGCAUUUGAGUCUGAAAAAGAGUUACUUCCUGUUGAAGAAAUUGAUAAUGCUAAGAAACAAAAAAAGCAAAAGGUGUCAACAGAGGAAGAGGUUAUUAUACACGAACUACACACAAACAAAUCUAUUAAAUUUCAACAAAAAGAAAAGAAAAUGGUUGAUAAGAAAAUAAGAGUUCCAAAAUCGUAUGAAUGCCAACACUGUGGCAAGAAUUGCAAGACAUCUUCUAAUUACAUUAUUCACAUGCGCACACAUACGGGAGAAAGACCAUAUUACUGCGAUUAUUGUGGAAUUGGAUUUAAGCAAUUAGCCCAUUUAAAAGCUCAUGUCAGAAUACAUACAGGAGAAGAACCAUUCAAGUGCAGUCUUUGUAAUGCUGCAUUUAAACAGUCUUCAAGAUUAAGAUCUCAUCAGAGGACACAGCACAUUGAAGGCAAGGUAAAGAAAAAGAAAAUUAUCAAGAGAUGCUUUGUUAGAAAUUUUUAUUGUAAAAUAUGUGAUAAAACAUUUCUUGAUUCUUGCUAUAAAAAACAGCACAUGAAAACACAUGCAGAUGAAACACAAAACAAAUGUGCCAAAUGUGAUGCUAUUUUCAAGACAAAAAAUAGCUUGAGGAAGCACAACAAGCUUCACGUUGACAAUUGGGGCAUAUGUGAAGUGUGUGGGUUACAGCUCAAAAGUGUUAAAGAUUUAAAUUUUCAUAAACAAAGUUCACAUAGCGAUUAUAUUAUUGGUUUAAAUAAAGAGGAGUCAUUUGUUUUGGAUGAAAUAAAGUUUGAGGGUAAAUAUGAUGUCACAUGUAGUGAUGAAGUUAAAGAAAACAUAAUGAAACCAGUCAUCACUUUAGAUAAUGACCAGUUAAACAUUAACAAAGGUUCUAUUGAAGAUGAUUCAAAACCUUCUGAAAAUGUAAAAAAUGGCAGCAUCACUACAAAUAUUUCUAAGCAAUACCAGUGUACAGUUUGUAAAAAGUUCUUCAAACAGAAUUCUAAUCUUAAGACACACAUGAGAAUGCAUACAGAUGAGAGACCAUACAAAUGCAAUGACUGUGGAAGUGCAUUUCGCCAAAUUUCUCACCUAAAAGAUCAUGUGAAGAUGCAUACUGGUGAGAAACCUUUUAAAUGUAGUGGCUGUUCUGCAGCAUUUACUCAGUCUUCUGCAGUUAAGUAUCACAUAAAAAAGUAUCACCAAGGAAAAGCCCAUGUGAUGAAGGAGCAAAAAAACACACAUUUGCCAGACAAAGAAUUUAUAUUCCUUGAAGAGAUGGGUAAUUUGAAUGAUGAUACUGUUGUGAUAAGUAUUGAAAAUAGUGUUUCAGUAUCAAUAGAGCAUAAAAUCUCUGAAAAAGAUGCUGAAAUAAUGAAAGACGAGAAAAAAGAACACUGUAACAAGUGUGGAAAAGACAUCCCUAUUUGUUCUUUGAGAAUUCACAGGUGUAUACCCAAUAAAAAUAGACUUAAAAAAUGUGAAGUGUGUAAAAGAUCUUUCAGGAAAAAUUACAAUCAUGUAAGAAAAUCUAUCACUGAAGAGGAGAAGCACAUCUGUAGCAGAUGUGCUACUCAUGAAGCCUCACCAAACAUUCUGAUACCUAGCAUAAGUUGCAAAGAAGAAACUGGUAAAGAAAUUACUGGAAACCACAUUGAUAACACAGAUCAUACUGAAUAUCAAAGAAUUUUUAAUGGUAGCCAUACCAAAAUUGACAUGAAAACAUGCAAUGAAAAAAGUUUUGAAAUAUUUAAAGGAAUAAGUGAAUUAUCUAACUGUGUUGAAUCAUGUAGCAAAUUAGGAGACAGUGGGAAAGACUUAAGAAGAAAUAGAAUUUCUGGAAAUAUUUGUAAUAUUUGUGGAAAGGUUUUUAGAAGAGCUUCAGCCCUGAAGUUUCAUAAACGCAUGAGCCACAGAAAUAAUUUUGAAGAAGAAAGUUUACCAUUGAAUUGCAGAGGUGACAAUUUUGAUUUGACAAAAGAUGUGAAAGUGAAAACAAAAUGUCUAAGCAAGCUUAUUAAGGAAACACCUUUAAAGAAGCAAGAACUUACUAAUUUUCCUCCUUUGAUUAAAGAGGAGACAGAGGAUAUGGCCAAUUUUAUAAUAGAAUAUUGCAAGUGCUCAUUUUGUGGUGAAAAGUUAUCAAAUAUAUCAAAGUUGAAUGAACAUGUUAGUAAAUUACACCCAGAAGAAAAACUGAAUGAAAAACUGCAAACUGACAAGAGCAAUACAAGCACUACUCCAGUGUCAAACACAAGUGUGACUCAUAAGAAAAAUAAAAAGACAAGAAAAAUAAAAAAUACCUGUAAGAGCAGUAAUGUUACAAAUCCACUGGGUAGGGAGAUAUAUUUGAAUGAAAACAGUAGGUAUAAAUGCCAGGGAUGUGAAAAGUCUUUCACUAGGGUAGCCAAGUUAAAGGAUCAUAUGAGUAGCUGGUGUAAAGUAAAGAAAAAUAUCAGGGAUUUAUAUACUGGUAAUCAUGCAUUUAUGUGAAUUAAGUCAAUAGUUUUUUGUGAUGGAAAAAUAAUGUGCAGUACAGUCCCAGUAUUUGUUUAAACACAUCUGCAAGGAAGAUGUGUAGAUGGAAGAUGGGAGAUCAUCAAGGAAGAUGAUCUGCAAGGAACACAUUUAAACAGUGUGCGACACUUAGUUUAGUGUUGUUCUCCUGUCCCUACCAUGAAUGAGUUGAUUGGGAACUUGUUUUAAUAUAGUACUGUACUGUAACAUGAAUAAUAGAUGAGUUCAUGAAAGUCCAAAUCUCUCUUGAAAAAUAUAUAUAUUUAAUUUAAUUACUGACAGUUUAAACUGAAAAUUAUCACUAAACUAAUAAAUUGGGGCUCAAAAUCUUUGGCUUACAAAUUUGUCCUCAAGAAGCUUUAGGAUGGGCACAAUAAUGGAGGUCCUAAUACUAUUUUCUAAAAUGUGUUAUGUUUUACUUCAUAAAUCAGCCUAGCAACCUUUAGAAGCAGAUAAUUUUGUAAUUUUGUGCCUGGUGUUAUUUUUAUUAAUUUCCUCAGUUUUUCUCUGAUUAUCAAUCCAGAGAAGAAUAUUAAAUUCUUUAAUUAGACUUCAAUGUUGCUCCAUCUUCUCAUACUAGGCCUACUCUACUGUCUCAUCACAACUGUCAUAUCCUUUCCCUUUAUUUCUCAUCCUUAAUGUGACCUUAUUCAUUUGAAGAGCUCACAGAGCUAAAAUUUAAAUACCUCUUGCAUUAAAUCAGUUUAGGUCUAUUCUGCGUAUGUCUACACACACACAUACAUGUGUGUGCAUGUGUGUGUAAUUACCUAUGUGUAGUUUCAAGACGAGAGUUUCAUUCAUGGUGUCCUGUCUUCCCCUUUAACUUUGUACUUUGAAUCUACUGAUGUUUUUAACAUCCACUACGUUCUUACUAAUUGUUCAAACUAUCAAAAUUCUGUUCACAGAGGUAAACAGUAUAUUUUUGGGGCAAUUUUGUUUCCUUGGCUUAAAUCUAUGCCUCUUGUUCUUGAAGUUGCAGGAUUAAAAGUUCCUCCUAGUCAAUUGUCUGUUGUGUUUAUUAAAUGAAUAUGUCAUUUUAGUUUGAGUGAGAAAAACCCUGGGAUUUUCUUUCUUAUUUAUCUUGCAGCAGUUUUCUUCUGUCAGAAAAUGAGCUAGAACUGAAAUGUGAGAUCAUUUUAUCUUGAAGUGUGUGAUGUAUCACACACUUGAUAAUGAAGUGUAUCAUUAUCAAGUUACUAAUUUAUUUUGUAAUGAAACAAUUUCCACUUUGAAUUCAUCUUUAUAUUACUUGGGAUUAAUUAGAAUUAAGGACUUGACCGAAACACUAUGCUUGCUAGUGGCUGUGCAAGAAUGUAUGAACUUGUAUAUACAGUAUAAAUAAAAAAAUAAAAACUUGCA